AUGGUUGUGGAUAAGGAACAUAUCGAAAUUUUAUGUCAAGUAAUUCUUGAAGCUGAUGGAUUCUUAAACCCAAAGGACAUUGCUACAAAAUUUCGAAUUGCUGUUGAAAGAGAUGGCUAUAAAUGGAAAAAAUAA